UAUUUACAAAAAUUCUAUAAGAAAUCAGCUGCUUUAGCUUUAACUAAUGAGCGUACAAUAAAUAGUUACAAUAAAUAGUUAAAAAAUGUUCCUACGCGCUUGUUUAAGGCUGAAGAAAUUGGAAUAUGCGGAUUUGAACAAGCGUUUUUAUUCAUAUCGUAAUGUAUUAUUACUAACUGAGCGAGAUUUCUUUCAAGAUUUAUUCCCUGACACGGCCCGACCACAGAUAACAAAGAUUUUUGAAAAUUCACCUCAAACCAUAUACGCUGGAUUUGAUCCGACUGCUGAAAGUUUGCAUGUAGGAAAUUUAUUGGUUAUUAUGGGAUUAUUACAUUGCCAAAGGGCUAGUCAUCAUCCCAUUGCCCUACUAGGAGGCGCAACAGCCUUGAUAGGUGAUCCCAGCCAUCGUAAAACAGAAAGAAGCCAAUUGAAACAAUCGUUAGUACAACGUAAUUUAGAAGCAAUCAAACAGCAAUUGAUAAGAAUAUUUGAAAAUCAUCAAAAUUUUUUAUGGGACGACAAACUACAUAAAAGACCUUUACCACAAUUAAGAAUAGUCAACAAUGCUGAUUGGUAUGAAAACCUGAAUAUAAUCGAUUUCGUAAAUCAAAAUGGUCGCCAUUUUCGCUUGGGUCAAAUGCUUUCACGCGCGUCCGUGCAAUCUCGCAUUGAAGCUGAUGGCGGUAUGAGCUUCGCUGAAUUUACCUAUCAAGUAUUUCAAGCAUACGAUUGGUUACAUUUGCUGCGGAAUUAUAAUUGCCGCUUUCAACUCGGAGGCUCUGAUCAGAUGGGUAAUCUAAUGUCUGGCCAUGAGCUUAUCAGUAGAACAGAAAGAAAAACGGAAGUAUUCGGUUUGACGUUACCUUUAAUAACAAACGAAGAGGGUGAUAAAUUUGGCAAAUCAGGCGGUACUGCAGUUUGGUUAGAUCAGGAAAAAACAUCGGCUUUUGCACUUUACCAGUUUUUCAUAAGGCGACCGGAUGCGGAAGUGGAAAAGCUCUUAAAACUAUUUACUUUUCUAACUCUACCAGAAAUCGAAAAUUUGAUGACCGAACACAGAAAAGAACCGGAAAAGCGGAAAGCUCAAACUAUAUUAGCCGAGGAUGUCACUUUACUAGUCCAUGGAGAAAAUGGUUUAAAACAAGCCGAACGCAUAACGAAUGCCCUAUACAAGGGUCAAGUGGAAGGUUUGGCCGAAUUGAAUUGUGGAGAAGUUCAACAGACUUUGAACGGUGCUACAUUGGUAGAAUUGUUAGCCGAACCGGACAUAACCAUACUACAAAUGGCCAUGAAAGCUAAAUGCUUUCCUACAGAAGGUAUUUUUUCUAUUAAAAAAUAUCCUUCUUUUAAAGAAGACCAUGACGUAUUUUAUUUUCCAGCUGAUGCUGUGCGAAUUAUAACGGCCGGUGGUUUUUAUAUUAAUCAGAAACGUAGCCAAAAUAUAGCGGAAAUAAUUAGUCAUGGCAUCCACGUGUUACGGAAUGGUUUAACUAUAUUACGUGUUGGCAAACGAAACUUCUAUAUAGUGCGUUGGUUAAAAUGAAAUAAACUGUAAUAAAUAGUUUUUGUCAAUUUAGUAUCUUUUAUGU